GACCUAAGCAAAUCCUUUUUCUCCUCUGAGCUUCAGCUUCCUGGUUUGCUGAUCAGAGAGAGUAAAAGCACGCCCUUUGCUGUAUACCUGGGCUUCUGCGCCCUGCAUUUGGCAUGUCACCUGUUUUUUCAAGCGCACCUGCUUGUGCAAUACAGGCGUCAAAAAGCCGCUGAGCAGCGAAAGCGAAAACACCUACAGGGCGCUCCGGAGCCAACGCUCGGACCCACCCACUGGCGGGGCGGCGCCCCAGGACGGGAGCGAGGUGGCUGGCGCUAGGGCCCUCUGCGUGUUGACCCUCGCCUCCCGCGCCAGGCUCGACUGGGGGGCGCCCGCAUCCACUGCAGCCUCCGGGGCCAGGGCGAGGCCUGGGAGCCGCGGUACAGCCAUGGCGGAGCCCGCGGCCGAGGACCUGGACGCCCUCAUCGACGACCUCGACUACCUCCCGGGACACUUCCACCUGGAGAUGCAGCUGAACUUCGAGCCGCGCUCGCCGGCCUCGCUCCGCGCCCGGGACCUGAAGCUGCAGCGGGACGGCCUGCUGCAGGAGCUGGAGCUGGCAGUCGCCCCUCAGCGCCCCGCCGUGCGCCACCUCCUGGGCGCCUUCGCCUUCUACCUGGAGGAGCUGGACGAGGCCCGCGAGCGCUUCCUCGAGGCUGCCCGCGAGGACCCGGGCAACCUCAACGCCUGGGCCAAUCUGGCACACGUGUACGGGCGCCUGGGGCAGGAGGAAGAGGAGGAGGCCUGCGCUGGGCGGCUGGCAGACCUCAUGGGCCUGGAGGGGGACCGCGGGGCCGCCGGAGACCCCCAGCUCCGCGCCGCGCGUUGCCUGGCGGAGCAGGGCUACGCCCACGGCUUCGACGUGGGCUGCGCUGGUCCGGAAGAGCGCGCGCGCGUGCUGGAGGCCGGCAUCGCACUGUAUGACAAGGCGCUGGGCUUCGCACAGCAGAUCCCGAUGGAGGAGAAACGGGGCUGGUACUUCACCAUGGCAACGCUCUUCAUCAGGUUAGAUGGCAUCUUCCUGGAGCUGGGCAGCAAGGAGCAGAAGAGGCUCCCAGCCUUUAACCGCACGCUGGCCCUGCUCCGGCAAGUCCUCAAGUCCUCAGACCCCUACCACCGAGCUCUGGCCUGGUGCUACCUCGGGAUGCUGCUGGAGAGAAAAGACACCUUCUCCACCACCCCCAUGGGCAUCCACGACUGUGGGUACUCAGGGACUGACCCCCUGGACUGCUUUGGCAAGGCCAUUGAGAUCGCCAAGGACAAACCCCCCAUCCUGAAUCGCCUGGCCAAAAUCUUCCACUUCCUCGGAAAGCAGGACAUGGCCAUUGGCACCUGCAACAUGGCCCUGGAUGUCCUGCGGGAUCCGGAGCUCAACUGGCAGGCGUACUGCACAAGGGCCAAGAUCCGCAUCAGAGCCUACCUGCACGACCUGGAGCGAGGCAAGAUGGGGCUCGGGGGCUUGCCUGACAGGAAUCUCCUGGCCUGUGCCAAGGCCGACCUCGAAGAAGUGGUCAAGGUGUGCCCAGGCCUCAAGACCUACCUCGACAUCGGCCAGGUGCUGACCUAUGACCCAGGUUGGGCCAUGCAGCGUCCUUCCCAGAGAGGUUUCCCACUGGGUGCAAGCGACGGAAGACGUUCUUUGUCCGCUGGAACAGCUCUUGGGGACUGUCCCUGUUGGGAUGAAGCUUAGCUGUGGGCAUCAAAGACCUGAAAACAGUAUCUUAAACAAGAACAAGAAGGUGUGUGUUUAUCUCGCAAAGCCAGCUCAAGUAUCACCUCAGGGCCUGCCAUGUCCCCUCUUCCUGCCCCUGGAUACAGGCUAACAUCAUCCUGCUGCAAGCACCUCCACUGUCACCUGGCUGGGAGCGCUGCUGAUGCCUCUGUGCAUAUCCUUCAACCGAUGGAGAAUGGAAACUGGAGGAUAAAUGCCUGAGCCUCAUAAGCAGGGGUGGGGCAAGGGGAGAGGUUCCCAUUGGGAUUGAGGCCCCCCCUGUUGCCCUUAGCAGUAACCUGCUGGUUCAUUAUCAGACCUUAUAUUCCUCUCCUGCCCUUCCCUCUCUCAAUUCCCUACUCUCCUAGCAGGGUUUCCUGAGGUCACCUCUCCAAGAAACUGUGUGCCUUUAGAUCCUUGACUCAGGGCCUGCUUCUUGGGGAGCCCAGCUUUCGACACACUUGAAGUCUUCCCUCAUCCCAGGAGGAGAACUCUGCCACAUCCCAGUACUCCCAGGGUACCUUGUUUGUGCCUCUAAUACAGUACACCGUGGCCUAUCUUGUUGUAUUUACUAAGUGUAAACUAGGAAGGAAGGAAUAAGCACUUAUUGAGUACCAGCGGUGCACCAGGCACUGUACCAGAUGUCUUGUCCUCAGUCAUUCAAUUAUUCACUAAUUAAUUCAUUCAACAAAUCUUUACUGAGCAUUUAUAAUGCACGAGACAAUGAUCUAGGCCAGGGGCUGGCAAGCUAUGGUCCAUGGGCUGAAUUAGGCCCCCCACCUGUUUUUGCAAAUAAAGUUUUAUUGAAACACAACUGUGCUCAUUUGCUUACAUUUUUUUCAUGGCGGCUUUCAUGUUAAUAACAGCAGAGUUGAGCAGUUUCGACAGAGACCAUAUGGCCUGCAAAGCAUAAAAUAUUUACUGUCUGGCCCUUUGCAGAAAAAGUUCGGUGCCCCUUGGAAUAGGCACUAGGGCUGCUACAGUGAACAAAACAAAAAUCCCUGCCCUCCUGGAUGGAGCUUACAUGCUACUGGGGUGGAGUCAGGGGAUGGGGGGGACACGUAACACAGUAAACCUCAAACUAGAUUCUUAGUAUAUUAAAUGAUGAUAGAUGCUAUGGAGAGAAAAAAAAAUAGAGCAAGAGAGUAACAGGAGUGCUGGGGAUAGGAGUGGGGAUUGUGCUGAAAAUUAGAGUGUCGGGAAGUCUUGGCUGUGAACAUGACGGUUGAGGAAAGAGCUGAAGGAGGUGAAGGAGUGAGCCACGUGGACCUGGCUGGGAAGAGCCAUCAGGUAGUGGAGCAGCAGGUGCGAGGGCUGUACUGGAGUAUUAACGAUAGUUUAUGCUACAUUGAGUGCUAUGUACCAGGUGCCCUUCAAGUGCUCUACAUGCAAAA